UUAGUGUGGUUCAUACACGUGAUGAUCAUUGCGGACAAAUCUUGGCCUCCAACCAGAAAGCAAAGAUGUGCUCUAGAUUCAUGCUAAAUGGAAGAUUUAAGGGAUAUCUUGAAACCUACUUUAAAUUGGUGGUUCAAAUAAAACUUCUCUGGCAAACUUCACCAUUCGUGGAAAAUUCAAACUUGUCAAUAUGAGGAAAGUGCCGACCCGCUGCCAAGCUGAAAUCUGGGGAUAUGGAGUUGAGACAUAGGGGAAUUCUCAUCACUGGAGAUUAAUUUCCGUCUGAAGAUUGUGGGGAUAAUAUCUAGUACCAGUGUGUUGAACAUCUGGUGCCUAUGAGCUGCCCUUUUCUGGUGAUUUAUGGAUGAUCCUUCCUACGUUCCUGUCUGAGUUUAUAUUGAUUUGCGGAAAACCAAUGUACAUAGUUGUUCCGGCCCAUGACAGAUUCAAUUCACCCACAAGUCGGCUAUUGUUUGCAUGAAAAGAAUACGAUUUCGGGAGAUUGCUAUGCUUGGCCUCUAGGACUUCAUAAAGACGGGUGUCCUCAAGGCCUCACCUUGCCAAGUUUGAUUUCCAUCCAUUCUACUUGAUCGUCUCAUCAUGCAUAACUCUCAGAUCUCUGGGCUUUUAGCCAUCACCUUGGCAGGUGCUUGCACUGCCCAGACAGCUUGCACUGCUUCGGUGUAUUCCCAAAUCGCUCCUUGUGUUGCGUCUUCUACCGCCAUUGUUUUGAGCAACGUGUUUGCACCAUCAGGUAGCAGUAUUGACCUUACCAAAGUUAAGGCCGGUACAAAGAUCACCUUCGCUGGCAAAACAACGUUUGGAUUCACCAAUGACAGUAGCUUCGAACCAAUAAAACUGGGCGGUUCUGGAAUCACUGUUACCGCUGAGCCCAAUGCAAUUAUCGAUGGUAAUGGCCAAGCUUAUUGGGAUGGUCUUGGUUCAAACGGUGGUGUACCAAAGCCAAACCAUUUCAUUGCAGCCUCGAAAUUGAUUGGAAAUUCCAUCAUUGAGAAUCUUUACAUUCAAAACUGGCCGGUCCAUCUUUUCACUAUCACCGGUGCCGUUGGACUGACCAUCCAAAAUCUGAUCCUCAACAACACAGCAGGAGACGCGCCAAAUGCGGCAAGUGGCACAUUGGCCGCAGCACACAAUUCAGAUGGAUUUGAUGUCAGCUCGUCCAUCAACACAACAAUCAAGAAUACAAAAGUUUUCAACCAAGAUGAUUGUGUAGCCGUCACGAGCGGGAACAACAUCACCAUUGAUGGAUUAUAUUGCUCAGGUGGUCAUGGUCUCUCCAUCGGAUCUGUUGGUGGAAAGAGCAACAACAAUGUUACAAAUAUCACAUUCAAAAACAGCGAAGUAGUCAAUUCCAGCAACGGAGCUCGCAUCAAGUCAAAUUCCGGAACCACUGGUUUCAUCUCCAACAUCACAUACAGCAACAUCAAGCUCACCAAUAUUGAUACUUAUGGAAUCGAUGUACAACAAGAUUAUCUCAACGGAGGUCCAACAGGGAAGCCAACUAACGGCGUCACUAUUCAAAACAUUUUGUUUGAAAAUGUGGUUGGAACAGCUGCAGCCAGUGCUAAAAAUUACUAUGUGCUUUGUGGUGAGGGAAGCUGUAGCAAUGUCAAGUUCUCUGGUGUCAAGAUCACAGGAGGUGCACAAAACAGCUCCUGUAACUACCCAGCAACUGGCUGUCCCGCAUAAAUAUACAUGAGGAGUGAGGAGAAGCGAGAGAAUAAAGGACAUUGGAAGUAGGAGGAAAGAGGGGAAGAUUGUAUAUACUUGGGCAUUGUUGUUUGUAUAUAAGAUUACAAUUCUUGCAGAAAUUCUAUUUUAUAAUCAC